CAUGAUGUCCUCAGGGCGUAGCGCUGGCAGAACGCAACAUAGCGACGCAGCCGCGUUGCACUUGCGUGCCGCGGCGGAAAGCCCUCCGGAUGGUCAGAGUGCACGCCACGAUUGCUGAAGUGAAGCUGAGAUGCCUAAGCAGCUGAGCUGUUGUUAUGGUUUCCCUUUUGAACAAGUGAGUGACUUGUUACAUAUGUGAUUAUUAUACAGCGCCGAGCGCUUUAAGAAGGUCAAAGGCAGGAAACCCGUAGAGUUCACUUCACCUCGCCGCUCAUGGCUCGGUUGCUAGCAACUAAAUGAUAUAUACAACCAGUAGACAAAGGUGAAGAAUACGGAAACGAUGAGGCGACCCCGGGUUCAGCUGCCCGAUGGCGCCACCACGCCGAGCGGUGCCGACCCGCCAUACGCGGCUCCAGCGCCAGGCGGGCCCGCCGCCGCGCCCCCUGGCCCCUCCGUGCUCAGUCCGCUGGGCAGUUGUUGCGGUGGCGGCGAGGAGGCGGCGGACGACGAGUUUGACGCCAACGGGGCGCGGCGCAUGAGCGCGCGGGUGCUGCACCGCGUGAUGCGGAGGCGCGGCCACUUCGCCACGCCCGCCGUCAACAGCGUGCUGUACCUGCAGGACCUGCAGUUCCGGCGCAUUGAGAACCUGGAGGCCUUCACAGGCUGCCGUGUGCUGCACCUGUCCGGCAACUGCCUGACCGACCUGCGCGGCCUGCAGGCCAUGGCGCAGCUGCAGUCCCUGCACGUCCAGAACAACGACCUGCGCGGCGCACUGGCGCCCCUCACCGUGCUGGCGCCCCUCACCGCGCUGCACACACUCAACAUCUCAAACAACCCCGGGCUGGGGGCGGGGGCGGCAGCCGCAACAGCAGGAGGAGGAGAUGGAGAUGGAGGAGGAGGCGGAGGCGGGCCGUUGGCUGGGCUGCCGCCAUCGCUGCGCACGCUUCACGCCGCCAACACGGGCCUGGUUGGGCCGGCCAGCCUGAGGCCGCUGAUGCCGGACCGCCUGCCACUGCUGGAGGUGUUGGACCUGUCCGCCAACGCGGGGCUGUGCGGGCGAGACACGCUGGAGGCCCUGUGCGGCAUGGCGGGGGCGGCGGCGGCAGGGGGAGCAGCAGCAGGGGGAGCAGCAGCAGGGGCCGGAGGGGGCGGAGGGGGCCUGCGGGUGCUGUACCUCAUAAACACGCCACUGCAAAAGAUUCCCAACCUGCGCCGCAUCCUGGUGUCGGGCCUGCGCCGCCUGACCUACCUGGACACCUCCCCCGUGGACGACUGCGAGCGCCGGGGGGCGGAGGCGUGGCUGCUGGGAGGUGUGGCCGCGGAGAAGGCCGCCCGGCUGGCCUACUGGGCGGAGCGGCGCGCGGCGCAGCGGAGGGCCACCGUCACCUUCGCCGUGGAGCGGGCGCGGCGCCGGGCGCUGAGGGAGAUGGGGCAGGCGGGCAACGCCACCGCCGCGCUGGAGCUGCUGCUGGACGACACCACGCUGCUGGAGGGCCGGCGGCAGGGGCGGCUGCUGCAGGGGGGGCUGCUGCAAGGGGGGCUGCAGGGGGCAGGCGGCCCGCACGGCGGCCCGCACCCCCACCAGGUGCUGCCGGCGGGUGCGCUGGACUCGCUGCUGCCGCUGGCCCGGUACACUGCCUCGGUAGCGCUGGCGGCACUGAGGCACGAGGAGGAGGAGGAGGAGGGAGGCCGGGACGGGGCGGAGCAGGAGGAGGAGGAGUGGGGGGAGGAGGAGGAGCAGUGGGGGGAGGGCGAGGAGGCGUGGGGCGGGAACCUUGGUCUGGAUGGGGAGGGGGAGGCGGGGGUAGCGACACCCGGUGGCGGUGCUGCAGGGGCUGCGGAGGGGGAGGAGGCGGGGCAGCAGCGGCAGCAAGGGCAGCACCAGCAAGGGCAGCGGCCAGCAGAGCCGGGGACAACGGGGCCAGAGGCAGCGGGGCAGGCCGCGAAGGCACCAGAGGAGCUGCCAGCAGCCGCAGCAGCCGGCCCCCUGCCGGAGCAGCGGCAGCAGCCGGAGCCGGAGCAGCGGGCGGCGGAGGUGGAGGUAGCGACGCCCGCAGACGCGGCAGAGCCAGGCGCCCUCCAAACAGCAGCGGCGCGGGAGCCGCUGGCCGGCGAGCCGCCCAUUGGCCAGCAGCCUGAGGGGUUGCGGCGGCGGCGGCGGGUGCGGUGGCACGUGACCGGUCUGUCCGAGUGCGUGGUGUGCAGCGAGGCGUUUGGCGAGGGCGAGCCGGUGGCGUUGCUGCCCUGCCACCACUUCUUCCACGACGCCUGUGUGCGCACCUGGCUGUGCGGCUACGCCAACUCCUGCCCCAUGUGCCGGACGCCCGUGGGGCUGGCGGCGGGGGGGAGGGCUGCAGCCAGGGGCGCCGGGGCAGUGGCGCUGGGGGAAGCAGUGGUGGCGGCAGGGGCCAGCAGCACAGCUGCCGUGGCAGCGGGCGGGCAGCAGGGCGGGGGCGGGGCCGAGGGCGAGGGCGGGCAGCCGGUGCUGGCAGCGGGACCAGAGCGGCUGGUGGCGCCGGCGGCGGCUGCAGCGGCCGCGGCGGCGGAAGGUCAGGCGGUGGCGGCGGCCCUAGCGGCGGCGGGUGUGGACGAGGCUGCUGCUGCUGCGGCCGCGGCCGCGGCGGUGAUGGCGGCGGCUCGCGCGGCGGCCGAGGCCGAGCGACUGAAGCGCCUGCAGCAGCAGCAGCAGCAGCAGCAGCAGGCGCCGGUGGCUGUGGGUAGGGAUGGGGACACUGGUGCGGCAGCGGCCGCGGCGGCUUCGACGUCGAUCCACCGCAUCCGCCAGCAGCAGGUGGAGCAGCGGCAGAGCGGAGGCGGAAGUGGAGGUGGAGAGGUGCAGGAGUCAGACGGGGCGGACGGCGCGGAAGGGGCCGAGGUGCAGGCCCAGGAGGAUGCACCAGCGGGCUGUGCAGCGCGGGCGGGUGGGCGGCCAGCAGGGCUGCGGCGCCACAGCCACAGCCACAAUCACGGGGGGAGUCACCGGGAGCGAGCAGCGCAGGCGGCACCAGGAGAGCACAGCGACAGCGACAGCGACGGCUCGCGCGGCGUGGCAGAGGACGUGGAUGAGUCGGAUGGGGAGGGCCAGCAAUCAGGAGAUGCAGCUGCUGCGGCCGCCCCCAGCACUCCACGCACGUCCGAGGCGCCGCCCGCACCCCAGCAGAACGGCGCGGCGGAGGCGGAGGCGGCGGGUGUGGCUGCCGCAGCGGCGGCUGCGGGCAGCGGCGCGGCGGCGGCUCGCGGCUUCAUGUCGCGCUACAGCUACCGGGCGCCGCUGCCGGUGCCGCGCGGUGAUGUGGAGGCGUAUGAGGAGGGCUGCUGGGAGUGGCAGGCGCCGGCGCCGGCAGCGGAGGUGGGGGCGGCGGCUGAGGUGGGAGCCAAUGGGCCGGCGGGUGGUCUGCGGGUAGCGGCGGUGCCGUACCUGUGAGGCCCGUGUGGCCCAUGACGUGUGUGGGUACUUGCUGCUGGGGUUAUGAGGGGCUGUGACGUGGGCUUGAUGCCCGGAAUGCCUUGAAAUGGUGUCCAGGGGUUGAGGCUGCGUCUGCGGGUCCAACUGCCCAUGUGUAGCGCGGGCCGGUGGUGUGUGUGGCUGUGUGUGUGUGUGUGUGUGUGUGUGUGUGUGUGUGUGUGUGUGUGUGUGUGUGUGUGUGUAUGUGUGCAGAUGUGUGUGUGUGUAUGUAUGUAUGUGUGCAGUUGUGUGUGGGCGCGCCUUGCGGCCUUG